GUUUGAGAAUACUGCUGCGAGAUUCCAGCUACCAAAAACAGUUCUUUACAUUGGAUGGUCUCAAGUCUCUAUCAGAGGUUGUUAAUUUUUAAUAUAAUUGAACAUGUUUUUUUAAACUUUAAAAUUACCACUGAUUAUGUGCAGCAGGAACUAUUUACUUGCCUGUUCUCCUAAUUGUUGAUUCGUUUAUUCUAUGUUUUAAAAAUCUUUUAUAUUACAGUAUUUCCAAAAAAUCACAGAAGAAUAUUUGUACAGCAGAGAUGGCCCAUUUUUAGCUGAUAUUCUCAAAGAGAUGACAAGUAAGAAAUACCUAAUUGCAAUAUACCCAUGGCUAAUUAUUAUACCUAUUAUAUACAAUGAUAUUGAACUGAAAGCUUUUCUUUGUUCAGUUAUCUCUACAAAUAUAAAAUAGAAAGUUUGUAGGCUUGAUAAUAUUAACCCACUUCUUUGUAUGGUUCUGAUUUGAAAUUUUAAAGAAUGUAAAGAGUGUCAUAUUAUGGAAAAAUCUAAAAUGCAAAAAAACGUUCACCAGAAAGGAGAUUCAAUUUUCGGAAACAGUGAAUCAACGGUAUAGCAAAGCCUUAAAAGCAUAUCCCAGUUUGAGUUAUCAUUGGUUAUAGUUCGUAAUUACAAAAUAGUUGUAGUCAUGGUUUUUAAAAAUUAAGUACAUUAAAAAAAUUAGUAAUUGUUUUAACUAAUAAAACAUUUCUCACAUAAAUAUUGUGUCAAAUCUGAAAAUUAUUACUAUGCACAUAACCCAGGAGGUACGGAAUGGAGAGAGAGUCAACAACACUUCAUUGUGCAUAAACACACAAAAAAAAUGUUAUAACAGAGGUAUAUUGAAUUAACUUGUCAACCACUAGAGCAGUGCUCUCCAAACUUUUCAUGUCUGUGACACACUUUUUAGAUGUACAUAAUUUCACUGCACAGUGAGCUGGUUUGACCACUCAAAGAAAUAUAAAUAACAAGAGACAUCUGUACAUCCAGAAUGGACGUGUCCAACUGGGUUAGGGUCCCUGGGCCACAUUGAAAGAAGACGAGUUGUUUUGGGACACACAUAAAAUACAUUAACACUAAUGAUGGCCGAUGAGCAAAAAAUAUAAUAUAAUAGUUAUAAUAUAAUAUUGAAUAUAAUAGUUAACAUAUUCAAGUGAUUAGAACUUCAUUAAAAUGUAAUUUGCACCAAUUUUUUCAAAAAACUGAUUUUCAGUGGGUUCAUUUAAAUUUUUAAAAAAAUUUGUGAAUAUUGAUGAUGCUUAUUUUUCCAUAACACAACUACAUCCCACAGGUGACACACCAGUGUGUCCCAACACACAGUUUGGAAAGCACUGUGUAUUAUAUUCAUGCUCUUUUACUAACCUUACAUGUAUCACAUACAUUUACUUGUUUUAAAUUGUCAUGAAAGAUUUAAAGUGGGAAAAAAAAAGAAUUUUUAUAAGCAAUUGUUAUAUGACUUAAUUAGUUGAGCAUUUGAUUCCAGUGUCACUUUUGUUUUGAUUUACUUGAUAGAUAUCUUCCAGAAAUUGUCAGCUUCUGUUGACAGGUGUGAACAAAUUGUUGCAUGUGAAGCUCAUAGAGUGAGUUAACAAUUACAAUGAAGUUUAUUAAUGUUUAAAACAAAAAAAUUUAUGACAAUCUGUUAUAUAAUUUGUUUAUGAUUAGACUAGAUUAAUUGCAUUAUUUUUCAUAAAUAAAUUGCACCCAUUUUUAUAAUAAUAUCCCCAUCGUUAACUUAAUGAUGUAUUAAAUUGAAGCUUUUUUAAUAAUAAUUUUAUUACAACACUAAGUUAAUAUGAGAAAUGAAUGACAUCUUCAAUAUCUUUGAAAAGCUUAAAAUGUGUUGAUUAUUUUGACUAACCCACAAUUUGUAAUAAUUAAUCUAUAAAGUAGAUGUGCAGCAGUUUGCAAACUUGUCUGAUUUCUUGACUAAUUCCAUUCUCAGCCUCUUGUCAGAUUAUUAACAGCUACAGAUGUUCUGGUCCUACAUUGUUCAUUGUAUGCUCUCAUAGGACUUGCUCAAAGGUUAUAAUAAUACUUUAUUGUUAAUUUAUGCUUAAAAUACAUAACAAAUCAGAACUCCAGGUUAUAUUUAACCAACAAGGGCUUGUGCCCAUGACAAUACCUAGUGUCAGAACCAAUCAUUAAAUCUAAUAAUUUUGAAAGUAAGCAUGGAUUAAACUUGUAUUUAACCAAGGCUUAUCAAUCUGCAUUACUCUUUUUUUUUUUUUUUGAGCUCUCCAGGAGAUUUGUGAGCAGUUCUUGGCAUUAACUUGGCAUUGGGCCAUAAUUAUAAAUCAUAUGUUAAGUCUGACCAUACAACUUCUUUUUGCCACCAGCUUGGAAUGUUAUAGUCAAAAAGAAAAGACCUAGAUCCAAAAUAGGAGUAUAUCAUAAUCAUAUAUUAUCUUAAUGAACUUAUUAUAAAAAAAUUAGGAAAUAAAAGACUCCAAAAGUGAAGUAAGAGCUCCAGCAAUUCAAAAUUAUCAAUAUUAUACAAUAUGCUAUUUCAAGUUGCUUUUCGUAGGCUAUAACUUCAAAGUAAAACAUCAGUUUUAGUCAAAUAAUUUUUAUAAUUUAUUUAUUUAUUAAUUAGGCCUUUUUAUAUAGCGCUUACCUUAAAGCUCUAAGCGCUUUACAAUUAUUAAAAACAUGUAAACUAAGUAAAAUAAAAAUGAGACACUAGGAUAGUAACUACUAUUGAUUACAAUUUUGGUUUAGAACUUUUAUCUUUCAAUGGUUUUGUGUCAUAAUAGAACUCUUUUAUCACUUUUAAACAAAUAUGUUCAUAUAUAUUUAUUCAGUGUAGGACCAAGAUUAAGAAUUGGGGAACUGAAUGCUGUGGAAAUGCUGCUAAGAAUAAUUCAGGAAUAUGACACCAUCUCUAAAAAGUUAGUAAUUACUUUAAAAAAAAAUAAUUGAGGUAUUGUUUCUUUUGACAUGUCAACAAAAAGCAACACAUUUUUUUGUAAUUGAGCUUAUGCAUGCAUACAUUUUGUAUUGCUAAUAUAUGUUAUACAUUCAAUUUCUGUAAUAAAAUUUAUUGAAAUUAUGAUACUUCACAUCAUUAAUUUGUAAAAAAAAAAAAUUAAUAUCUUUUAGACUUGCUGCAAAUCUGCUGAGACUUUUAUGUGCAGACCCACAAGCCAGGGAGCAGGUUAAAAUGGAAGAUGGUGUUCCUCUUCUCAUCAGGUAUCAUUAUUUAAAAAAAUCUUUAAGAAAAACACAUUUUACUACACAUUAAUUUGAUGUACCUUAUUUAAAUAAGUAUAUGUGUACCAAUCCCAGAUGUGUUAGUGUGCAUUGUAGAAAAUGUUUUCAACUUUGCAGCCAACUACACAGUGACAAUGUGAGUCUUCUGUGGCAUAUAGUGUGGUGUUUAGUGCUUCUAUGUGAGGAUGCUGAUUGUCGAGAUGAAAUCAGGCAGAUGGGAGGGAUUCCUUUAAUACUUUCAUUACUACAGUAAGUUUGUUUAAAAGUAUUAAUGCACUUGCAUCAGUACAUUACUAUGUAGUUUUUAUUCUGAGCAGCUUGAACAUCUUGGUAUUUAUUCUUAGUUUUUUUGUUUUUUUUAAGAGGACAAAGUCUUAACUAGAGCUAACAUGAUCUUAAAGCCAUUAUUGAAUGUUUUUAGAUCCAUAUUUAUACCUGUCCUUACAGUGAAAGGAAGUUUGUAAGUGAGAGGACAGAUGUCAGUAAACAUGUCUUGGCCAGUGCUGGAACUCAAAGGAAACAUGUUUCCAAUGAAGAACAUGUAAGACAGCGUUUACAGUAUUGGAGUUUCAUUUCAAAUAAAAGUAGAUAAUAUUUACUUACGAGACCAAUAAAACAACUUUAUUGGUUUUAGCAUGGGAAUCUUGUACCAAAGUCUCACUAUUCUUAGCUUGAAUAUUGAUCUUUAUAUCUGUACCUUGAUGCAUGUGUCAAUUUAGAAUAGCUUGUUCCAGUAGAUAAGAUAAGAUUUGAAGGCUUUAUUUGUAUGAUUCAUGUAAUAGACUUUUAGCUUAGUGUAUUUUAUAAUUAAUAAUGAAAGCUGUCCAAUCAUAUUGAAUCAAAUGAAUCUAAGAUUGUUACAAAUACUUUACUUAAUAUUACUGAUUUUUUUUAAUUCCAGGAGGAGUUUUUCGAACAUCAGUUUUCUUUAAAGAAAGGUAGUCUCGUAUUUCUAGAUAAAAAGUGUGAUUUUCUUUUUUUAAGUAAUUUAUUGUGGCUCUGGCACAUUUAAUGGGUACUCUUAUAUAACCCUCAUUUGGAUACAUCCCUAAUUAAUAAUAAUUAUAUUUAAGAAUUAUUUUUAAAUCGGUAGAUUACAUUACAUCUUUAUAUGGAUAUGCUAUAUGUGUAAUUAUCUUCUAUCUCAAGCAUGCUGUGCUGCCCUUACAGAGCUGGUAUUAAAUGAUACAAAUGCACAACAGAUAGUUCAGGCUAAUGGCCUCUAUUCCCUUGGCCUGCUUAUACUUCCACAGGAUGUCACUUUAGAAAAGGAAAAGAAAAGAUCAGCUAAAUUGCAGGUAUUUCAAACUUCCUUUUUAUUGCUCAGCAUAUAUUUUUAUUUGUCCAUUUUAUAUUUUUAUCAUGUGGUUAUUUUUUUUCUCACCAUAUUCUUUUGAAUUAGUUUUUUGUCAUUCUCUCACCUCUAACCUUAUGUCCCCAGCAAAAUGCCUUUCGAGCUCUUCGUUUCUUAUUUAGCAUGGAGAGGAAUCGCCGUCUAUUUAAACAGUUAUUUCCACCUGAGCUGUUUGAAAUGUUUAUUGAUGUCGGCCAUUACAAUAGAGAACUCAGUGCAUACAAACCUUUGGCCGACAAGAUAAAUAGUCUUCCGGUAAGUAAAAUAAUUAUUUUACUUCUUUUUAUAAAUAACAGAUUAUAAAUUGCAACUAUCAUAGAAAAUCGCUACUAUGCGAUUAAUAGUAUUCUGGUUAGUAAAAUUAUUAUAUUAUUCCUUUUUAUCAAUGACAGAUUAUAAAUUUCAACUAUUAUAGAAAAUUGCUAACGUGCAACUGUAAAUAUCCACUGGAAUUCUCUUGCUUUUUUAUCAUUCUGGCUGGCUUUUUAAAAAAAAUUUGUGAGCUGUCCAAAUUUCAAUUUGUGCACUUUCAAAAUAAAUAUGCAAAUUUUAUAUCUAUAUUUAGUAAAAUUUACCUCCAUUGACUUUUUUAAAAUAAAUAUUUAGACAGAAGAUAAUUAAGAAUCAAUCUUAAAUUAAAUAUGAGCACAAUGCAUUACUUGAAAUAUGGUAACAUUUAUUUUGCUAAUGAACAACUGGAAAACAAUAAUCCCUUAGUGGUUCUUAGUGCACAUGAAAAAUAAUCUGAAGAAUAUGUUUUCUUUUAAUCUAUGGCACGUCAUGCAUGUUUCCAAUUUUAAAGUAGUAUUGAAGGUAAAAUAAAAUUUUAAAGGCAUCUCCUUAAAAGAGGGGUUAUUCAUCCCAGUAAUAAAAAAGAAAUAUAUCUGUGUUUUGUUUCUAUGCAAAGCUUUUGUCACUUUACUGCAUUAUUUUUUGUAUCCACCAUUUCUUAUAAAUUACCCUUCUUUUAUCCAACAUUUUUGGUACAAUAAUUAACAAGUCUUUUCCUAAAAAAACCCAGCAAAAUAUGGGGACCAUUAUCUACAUCUUUUUCCUACAAUUAUAAUUUCCAGAUUUAAUUAUUAUUAUUAUCAACAUGUUUCUUGAAUAAAUUUUUAUCGAUUUGAAUAACAUCUAUUUAAUAGAAAGAAGUUGUAAAUGAGAUUGCUGAAAAUAUCCGUAACACAAACCAAAAUAAAGAGCCCAGCUAUUAUAUUGGAGAAUAUGCUGUUUUUGAGUUGCUUGGAACUGGUGCUUUCGGAUCUGUGUACAAAGUUCGGAAGAAGACGGGAAGGCAAUCUUUUUUUGCUUUGAAAGAGGUAUUUAUGUGGAAAAGAAAAUAUGGAUAAAAAAUAUAAUUUAUGUCCAGUGCUUGAAAUCUAGGUCAUAGGAGAUAAUAUUUUUAGAAAUUGUACAUGAUGUAGUGUAAAUACAUUUUUUUUUGCUAUCAUCUAUUGGGAAAAAGAGAACUAAAAUUAAAUUCUUUGGGAAAAAUGUAUAUAAGAGUUAAUGUUUUGUUAAAAGAUUUAAAAAAAUGUUUAAUUGAUAUUUAUAGGUGAAUCUUCAAAACAUGGCUUUUGGUAAAAGUGCUAAUGAAAAAGCAAUGAGUGUAGGGGAAAUAACCAAUGAGUUGAAGAUUAUGAAAGAAGAGAUGAGACAUCCCAACGUAGUCCGCUACUACAAAACAUUUGAACUCAGUAGGUGUAAAAUUACCAUAAAAAUCAUUUGGUGUAUUUUUGUAUUGGAGUUAAUAUUGUAUACAGUUAAAUAUUUCAUUAGGCAGUGAAUAUUAAUUACAUUUUAUAAUUUGUUUCAUUUAUGUCUGUUUGUACAGAAGCAUGAACUUGCAAAAAAGCAGUUCUAAAAUAUUAUUGGAUUCAAAGUGUUGACUGCAGAUAUCUAAGUUAUUUCAAAAACCUAAUCUAAACUACAUCUUGUGUUUUGCAUUGGUGCAGUUAAUAGUUUUUCAAAUCAAAUAUUAUAAGGGCUCUGUUAAUUUUAUUUAAUUAGUUGCAAUCAUUCAAUUAUAAGAAUUGGAACUGCUAAUUGUUCAAAUUAAAAUUAGGCUAUAGGUUUGAUUUAAAGCUAUAGAGUUUGUCACUAAUUGGACAUAUUUACUCACCAAUACUUUUUAUAAAAUAUUUUUUUUCCUGCCAAAACUAGGCCAAUGAUAAUCACUCAGUUAAAAUAGAAAGUAGUUAACACCAAAGUAUUUUCCAGAUGACAAGCUGUACAUAGUAAUGGAAUUUAUAGAAGGAGCUCAUCUAGGGGAGCAUUUCAACUCUUUAAAAGAAAAGAAUGACAGGUUUCAAGAGGGCCGGAUAUGGAACAUCUUAUUACAAGUAGGUUUUAGAGAGGAUAUUAUGAGGUUGUGUUUAUAGAUUACUAUACAUCAUGUCUUUCAUCUUAUCUGGCUGUGUAGAAUUUUUUUCUACUUUUAGUAACCUAUAUUUUGCAUAAUAUUAAAAGACUUUUUUUUUUAACUUUAGUUUGUGCAAUUACUUUACUUAUAUGUCAUGUAUAUCUUAUAUCACUAAAUAUUUCAUGCUUCAUGACUUUAAGAUGACAUAUUAUACUUUAACCUUAUGUCACCAAAUAUUUCAUGAUUCAUUUUUGCACAGUGAAGAAAAUUUUCUGCUAUUUUUCAGUUAAUCCUUGCUCUACGAUACCUUCACAAGGAAAAGGGAAUUGUACAUAGGGAUCUUACACCAAGCAAUAUUAUGUUGGGGGAAAAUGACAAAGUCACUAUAAGUGAGUAUGGAAACAUAUAAUAUUAUAUGUCUAUAGUUUUAUUUGAAGUGAUACCCCUCUACCUUUGCUAAUCUUUUAGCCCAUAUCUCCCUUCGAGUAUAGGACGCUUUAUUUUAGAGUAACAAUAACUAAACCCUAUCCAGGAAAAAUGUGUUAAAUGUGAACAGUUUAAUUUUAUUGAAGGCGGUGGAAGAAGAUACUACUAUUAUUUUAUAAUUGCAGCUGAUUUUGGAUUGGCCAAACAGAAAAGAAGUGACUGCAGUAAAAUGACAUCUGUUGUGGGAACAAUUCUAUACUCAUGGUAAUUUGCUCCCGAUGUGGUAGAUUUUGUAUAUUAAAAUAUUCAUGAUUCAUAUUGAAUUUAUUAACUUGUUAAAAUAUCUUCUUCAUGGGCUACUAAUAUAAUAAUAACCUACAAAACUGUUUUAAGGUACACAUUUCAUGAUUUUAAUUCUUUUAGAAGCAGAAGAAAUAGAUUGAAAUAAAUUUAAUAUAAAUCAAGAUAAUGAUUAGGAUGAAAGUUAAAAAGAAAACAGUGAGUGAAAGUUCAAAAGGUUGAUAUAAAGAAAAGUUAUAAUUACUUUUAGUCACUGACAUUGUUAAUGUAGUACUGUCAAGUUUUAAAUUUUUCCUGUGUCAUCUGAUGUGUAGAGCAGACUUUAGUUCAGGGCUGGUCAGCCCAAAAGGCUUCACUGGCCACUCUUCUUCUUCUUCUUCUUCUAUAUCUUAAGGGCCCACGAUCAAUUUAUUUGCGGGCGGCAUGUCAAAUAAAAUAAAAUAAAAUAAAACAAAAAAAUUAUAUACUUUGUUAUUUAUUUAUUCUAAGUCACACAAUUCUCAAAAGAUAAAAUAAUUCCACACAUACCUCACAUAAACAAAUAGUAUAGAUUAAAGGAACAUAUAAUUCUGUUUUUAAAAUAUUAUAAUUAAUUAAUUUCAAAAGUGAAUUUUUUAAAAUACUUUUAAAAUAUAAAAUAAAUAAAUGUGUGAUACAUUUGGCAUCUGGUGGGCUGCAAAAUUUAUCUUUCCCUGUCGGAUGCAGCCUGUGAGUUGGCCAAGCCUGCUUUAGUUCUUACUCAUUUCCCUACUUUAUCCAUAACUCAAUACUUAUUUCUUACUUCAGCCCUGAAGUGGUUCAGAAUAUGGCUUAUGGAGAGAAGGCUGACAUAUGGGCACUUGGUUGUAUAUUAUAUCAGAUGUGUGUGCUGGAGCCUCCAUUCAACAGUACCAAUAUGCUGACCUUGGUCAAUAAGGUAAUGAAACUCAAACUCUGAGAAUUGCUCUUCUACUUUUCCCAAAUUUUGUGAAUUUAGUCAAAAUAAACAUCUUUUUUGUAGGUUAUAAGUCAUUAUUUUACAUGGUUUUAAUUUUAAUAAGAAUAUGAGGAGGAAAUGAUACUGAUAGUCAAGGGUAAUGAGAGAAGUUUAUUGAUAUAUAUUUUCCUAAUUUCAGAUUGUAGCAGCUGACUACAAGCCAAUACCGGAGAAAGAUUACUCACCUAGAUUAUUACAGACAGUCAAAUGGUAAGUAUUUUAUUUUUGUUAACAAUAUACUGUUUUAGUUUCAUCCCAGUCAACAUAAAAAUAUUUAUUUAGUUUUGAAUUUUAAUUAUUUUGGAUGAAAUGGGUAUUUAAAUUAUACAAUUUUUAAUUAAAUAUUCAGCUGCUUGUGUGUGAAUCCAGAUGAGAGACCUGAUAUUUUAGAACUGAGUGGCCAGCUGGCAAAUAUUUUACUGACACACAUGGAUAAUUUACGAAUCUCACAAACUGCACUUGAAAGAAAACUGGACAGAGAGAGGAAAAGAACUCAAAAGUGAGCAGUAACCCAUUUUUAAUAAGUGAUUUUAACCAAAUAUUUACUUAAAAAAUAUUCAUUACUUCUUUUCAUUUUGCACACAUUGAUUUUUCUUUACAAAAACUAUUUUUUUUAAAGUUCUUAAAAUUUAAAUUACAUUUAAAAUUGUUCCUCAUUUCCAAUUUUGUGCAGGCAUUACUUGGAAGCCAACAGAAAUAUGCAAAAUUACCACCGCCUGUUUUUAGCAUCUCAAGAAGGUUAUGACAAACUGGCAAAUCUUGCUGGGAGUGGAGGAGCUGAGGGCUUAAAGGUUUGAAGAAAUAUUAACAUUUAUUUAGUGUCAAGAAGGAAAUGUUAGGUGAAUACCAUAUGAAUUUUUAAAAUACUUAUCUUCAUUUUUUUGCAAAUACUUGAAAGGACCUCAGGGAGUCCAUAUAGAUGAUAUAACUAGCACAUAUAAAUAAUAUUGUUUCCCAAUUUAUUUAAUCAUAAUUGAAAGUCUGUUCAGUUAUUUCUGUAACCAGGAAUUAAUCUUGGUAACAUGUCUAGGGCAGGAAAUAGUACCUGGCUCAUUCAUUAUCUGAAAAGUUUAUAAAAAUGACCUGCGUCUUCUAUAUUUUCUAGGAACAAAUCGAUAGGAUUGAUCCAUUUACGGAUGUCAGCGAUGCUGGUAUGGGAUCUAGUGUGGCAGUCUCCAUCAGCUCCAUCCACUUUGGUGAUAUCUCUGGUACAAAUAUUUUAAUAAUAUCAAAGAAAGUUUAACAUUUUAUAGUUUUUCCGUAGGCCCAUUUCUUUUCUGAAAUGUAUCAGGUAAAUUAAUAAAGAUUUAUAACUUAUCAUUAUAUAAAAUCUUUUUUAAAAAAAGGCCAACUACUGUCAGUGCCAAUGUUAACAACAUAAUCAAAAAGGAAUAUAGCAUUUAUUUAAAGAAUACUUCCAGCCACUGAAUUUAUUGUUUAGAUUCACACAAAAGAAGUAGGACUUACGUUUUAUUACCCACUAAAACCUUCUCAAAGAUUCUCACAUUCUCACUUACAGGGUCACACCUGUUGGUCAAUAAGGCCACAAAAGCUAUAUAUUCAGAAACCACAUAGCAAUCAAUGAUGCCACACUUCUGUUGCUAUUUUUAGAUCCUACAUCGACCGAAGGUUAAAGUAUACGGUGGGCUUGAAACAUUAUUUGGCCAAAAUUGAUUUGAACAUAAGUGGUAAAUAGAUGUUCUGAGAAAUGAUUUCUCUGUGAAGAUAAUAGUUUUUAUAAUUUGAGAGAAAUCAGAUACUAAAUACGGUAAAACCAAUCACUUGGAAUUUUUGCUGUGGUGAUAUGUAUAUGGCAUCCUUCUGUCUUUGCGAUAUUGGCUUACACUUCGACGAGUGGCUCACUAGGCCAAUCCUGGAAUGACAAUAUCGACUGCAUUUCUUGCAGGAGAAUUUUGAUUCUUGGUAAGAUUUGGCCUUCUGUAUUGUUCUUUUUGUUUCAAGGGCUUUGUUUCGUGCAUCUUCUGACUUUUUGACUCCUUCAUACACUGCUGUUCGCCAGCUGGAGCGUUGUUAGGCAAUGAUCUCCCAUUUGUUGAUAUCAAUGUUGGCUUCCCUCAUGCUCCUUUUGCAAUUGUCCAUAAAUCUCAGGCGUGGCCGUCUAAUAAGUCUUGUCCCUUCUGCCAACUCUCCAUACAGCAGCAUCUUUGGGAUACAGCCUUCCUCCAUUCUCCUUACAUGGCCUAACCAGCGAAGAUGCCUCUUGCUAAGAGCAGAGAAUAUGCUAAACAUAUUAGCACGUUCAAAGACCUUUGUGUUAGGCACCCUGUCCUGCCAUUGAAUGCGUAAAAUGCAUCACAUACAUCUUUGAUGAAAGCUGUUGAUUUUCCGCACAUGACUGGUAUAUGUGGUCCACACUUCACUGCCAUCUAGGAGCGUACUAAGCACACAUGCCUGAUAGACACUUAGUUUUGUUUUAUCAGUUAGAUUGAGAUUAUUCCACACCUGCUUAUUCAGUUUAGCCAUAGUUGCUGCUGCUUUUGCGAUCUUAAUGUUCACCUCUUCAUCAACGGAGAGAGAACUAGAAAUAUUGGAUCCAAGUUAUGUGAAAUGCUCAAUAACCAACAAACAGAUUAUGGCCCUCAAUAGAUAUGAUUGGAUCGGACAGUGACUCUUGCAUCAUGACAUGUGUUUUAUGUAGACUAAUUGACAGUCCUAACUCUUUACAAGCGUGUGAUAGACGAUUAACUAGCCGCUGAAGACCUUCUUCUGUGUGAGAUGUUAAGGCGGCAUCGUCAGCGAACAGCAACUGUUGCACUGGAUCAUUGCAAUAUGUAUUGACAAUAUUUACAAUACAUAUCAUCAUGAUAUGUAUUGCAUGUUUAAAUCAUGCUAAAUAAAAAAAUAUAUGUUAAUCUCAAGUAAAAAUGUAUACCUCUAAUAUAUAACUAAAGAUAUUUUUGAAUGCUACUUAGAUGAAGACAGCUAUCCCAGCAGUGGAAGUGAGAGUAGAGAAAGUAGUGCCGGCAGCAUACGCUCUCAGAGACACUGUCCACCAUUAAAACUGGGCAGGCAGAGAUUACAUAGAGAUUUAAGACGACAGGAUUUAAAUAUUGCUGACCAAGGACCCCUUGAGCUAGAAAUACCUGGUGGAGGUAAGAAAAAUACAGCUAAAGACUAAAAUACCUGGGAACUUAAAAAAAUUACAGCUAAAAAUCAAGUUUUCCAUAUUUGGCUUUAUUGCAAAUUUCCUUAUUAUAAUUGGUAUUUAGAAAUGUAUUCAUAUUUUAUUUUGAAGCUAAAACAAGUCGUGACUCUGGGCUGAGUUCAGGAGAUCCGUCCCCAGUAGCAAGCCAAAGCUACUCUCUGCAAUGUGCUGAACAGUUGAAUGGUAAAAACAUUGUCAGAUCUUACAGCACCAAUGAAGUAACUUUAGCCAAUGCAGCCAAGAAACUUGAAAAGAGAUCAAGUAAGUUGGUUAGAUUGUUUAAGUUCUUUAUUUUUUAAUGAAAAUUUUGUGACCCCGUUUGAUAAGCAUAACCAGCUUAUCCUCUCAUUAUGAAUAAUUUUUAUUGGAUUACUCAAUUUUUCUGUUUUUUCAAUGGUUGAUGAUUUUUUAAAAAAAAAUCUAUUUCUCUUUCAUGAAUUUCUCAUUAGUUUUAAAGAAAAAAUACAAUUAUUAAAUUAAUAAGAAUUGAAAAUAAUGACAUUAAUGAAUUACUUUUCCAGGGAGUGCAGCGAUGCUGACCAUCUCCCCAAACAGAUUGAGGGAAAUCAAUGAUCCAGUGCAACAGUUGCUGCAUCAGAUACACAAGAUUAUAUACAUAACUCAGGUAACUAAUGUACAAGGUUUUAUACAUAACUCAGGUAACUAAAUGUACACGAUUAUAUACAUAACUCAGAUAAAUAAUACAAAAUUAUCAUCAUCUUUAAAUAUUGUCUUAAAAUUAUCAAAUAUAACCCAGAGAAUAGUUCAGUAAAGAAAUUUUUUGGUGAUACAUAUAGUUUUAAUUCAGAUCUUAAGUAACGUCUAAAACUAAUUUUUUUAAAUAAUAAAAUAAUCUUUAAAACCUUAAUGCUUAAAAAUCAGAAAUCUAGGCUGUGCUGUUUAUAGAUCUGACUGGGCUGUUUAGUCGAUGUCCUAAGAACAUAAAUGCACACAGAAAGACCAACUAGAGCAGAAGGAUUAACAAACAAAUUCUCUUUUCAGUUGCCUCCAACAUUAAGUCCUAACCCAACUCGCAGGAUAAUAGAACAGUAUAAGAGAGCCUUGUUUUCUUCCAACAGUAGCUCAAUGAACCUAAAAAAUGAAAUGAAGAAGGUAACAUCUUUUUUUACGUUGAUUAUUACAUCUGAUACCUGCUCACUGGUCAAAUUUAAUGUGUUUAAUUGCAAUUGUAUGGUGAUUGUCUACUUAUGAAGAAAAAACUUUUGAGACAGAGGUAAAAAAAAAAGUUGUAAAUUUCAGCUGAUUCAAGGCUCAAGGGACAUAAUUGAUCUUAACUUUGGCAAUCCUGAGUAUUUAAAGAGAAGCUCAGUCUCAGGGAGUGAGGUGGACUCACCUUUGGAUCCUGAUAAGCCAGGUAAGAAAACUUGACUACAAAUAAUGUCUUGAGUUUAUUUACUAUAACUAGAUUUUUUAUUCACAAAAAUUUAGGAACUAAAAACUGGUUUCACUAAGUUUGGUAACUCCUAACUACCACUCAUGGACCUUGUAAAAAUUAAAGUGAUGUAAAACAUUUUAUAGUAUAUUGCUCCCUCUGAUUAUGCAAUCCCUGUUUUUUUUUCCAUGUAGUAUAGCCCACAUCAUCAUUCGCCUCCACCUAGCAACGCUAACCUAACCCUAACACAAACUUAACCUAUUUAGUUCACAAUUAAUUUUGGAAACUCAUCUGGUAUUUCAAUGAUUCUUUUAUUCAAGUGACAUCAUUUUAUGACCCCGACUACAAAGAUGUGGGAAUAACAUAUGAAUAUAUGCAAACCAUUCUUGAAGCAGCACUUGAGGAGUCAGGCUAUUAUAAAGUUGGGGUUUUGCACAGACAAAGAGCUCCUUAAAAAUGAAAAGCCAUUGCAAUUUAACUGCCUG